AUGGCAACAAAAUUAAGUGAAUUAUUAGGAGAAGAACUUGUUCGACACAAUGAAUCGGAUGAUGAAUCAAGUCGAAUAUCAACAAGUCAACUUAAUGGAAAAACUCUCGUACUUUAUUUUUCAGCUCAUUGGUGUCAACCUUGUCGACAUUUUACACCAAAAUUAGCUAAAGCAUUUAAAGAAGUUAAUGAUGACAUAAAAAACAAAUUAGAUAUCGUUUUUGUUUCAUGUGAUGAAAAUCAAGAAGAUUUUAAUGAAUAUUUCAAAGAAAUGCCAUGGAAAGCAUUAUCUUUCUCUGAUCGUGAUCAUUCGAAGAAAUUGGGUGAAAAAUUCAACGUCAACGGUAUUCCAUGUUUGGUUGUUGUGUCUCCUUCGCUUGAAAUAAUAACUUCGGAUGGUGUCGAUGAAAUAUACGGUGCUCCUAAAGAAGCUUUACGUAAAUGGUCUCAAGGAAAACGUUUAUUUUGGACUCGUGAACCACGAAACGAUGAAUAUGUGUGGGAAUAUACUAAUUGCACCGAAUGUUUUAUGAAGCCUUUAGUUGGUUUACGGCAUGGUUGUACAAAUAAAGAGUGUCAAAUUGAUUUAUGUGAAACAUGUUUAUCAAAAAAUAAACAUGAACAUUCUCUCGUUGAAUAUCUGAUCCCGAACCGACAAUAUUCAUUAGAAAAACUUCUAUUAUCAAUACCUUAUUUACUUGAUCCUAAAACAGAAGAAAAAAUUGAAACAAAAACAAUGUUGAAAAAUGAUAUUAAAAGUGUUGGAUUUUAUUUUUCGGCUCAUUGGUGUCCACCUUGUCGCAGAUUCACACCCGAACUAGUCGAAAUUUAUAAACGAGCACAAACAAAUUCUCAUCCUUUUCAUAUCAUAUUCAUAUCAUGCGAUGAAGAUCAAGAAUCAUUCAAUAGUUAUCGAUCAGAAAUGCCUUGGCCUGCGGCUCCAAUGAAUUCAGGUGCAGUUCCUGCGGAAUACUUUCAAUUUUCUGGCAUUCCAUCAUUGAUUGUUGUAUCAUCUAAUGGAACAAUUUUGUCACGUCGUGGUCGUGAAGAUGUUGCACGUUUUGGUGUUCAAGCUUUACAAACAUGGUCACGAGGUGAAAAAUUAGCUCGUCCUUCGCCAGAUGAAUAUGAAUGGCGACAUGUCAUUUGUGACGGAUGUCAAAUGUCUCCUCUUAUUGGUCAAAGAUAUAGUUGUCCUAUCUGUGGCAAUUAUGAUCUUUGUUCAGCAUGUGAAAAGAAAGGACAUGAACAUUCACUUGUACUUCAACCGCAACCAGAUGAUCAUGAUGAAGAAUAA